CUCCUAUUGUGCGUUAGAUAAUCGUUCACGUCGAAUGAAACGCACCUCGAGCAUGACGCCGGCCGCGGAGAAUGCGCCGCGCGAUCGCGCUUGUUGAUGCGAUUCGCCACGCCUGUACUCUGCCGUGAAUUCUCCGCCGUGUGUAUGCGUUGUGCGUCGCGUCACGUCGUCGCUAUUUCCGUGAGAUCGACGCACAAUCGACGGAAUGCCAGUGAACGCGUCCGCGGCUUCACCGGCCCGUGGCCCCGUAACAGGAUACCCGGCGGAACGUCGCUCCUCCACGAACCGUGACUCCGUGCGCUGAGCCGCAUUCCGUUGGCGUGCACUAAGCAAACGUUGACUCGAAUGCUCAGACGACACACUCAUCAUCGUCAAUUGUCAACGAAAAAGCGGAAGCUUUCAACGAGGAAGAAGUGUGACUAUAAUGCCUGUGUUACGCUACGUGCGAUACCGCAAUCCUCGGAGUUGUUAAGUCCUAGAUAGACGAUAAGCUAAAACGGAGCGCACAGAGAUGGUACGCGUGAUAACGGUGCACAAUUUCCUGGGGCAGAAUGUCGCCCAGAUCGAGGAACCCACGGCGACGUGCACGGCGACCAGCCAGGGACAGGAGAUGCUUCUGCUGGCGUUGCCCACACACUGCGUGGAGGUGUGGGAGCUGACGAACUCGGACGUUAAGCUGCGCACCAUUUUUCCCACGGUGGACAUGAUUAAUCAAAUGGUACACUGCACCAGGGGAGAUUACGUCGUGACGCUGGAAUCAAAAUAUCUCAGAGACACUGCGAGCAAUAAUCAUGCAAAUAAAGCUACUUCUAAUUUUGUAAGGAUUUAUGUAAAUUGGGCUAUAGAAAAAGACCAGAGUCAGCCAAUGCGCGCCAGGAUUGCCGGUCGAGUCACGCCGAGUUUAAAUCGACCCCUGAACAGCUUGGAGAUGAUAGAGUUACCGCUGAGCGUGCAACCUACAUUGAUCGCUUGCUGUCAGUGCACUGGAAACUUAUUGGUAGCCUCGGGGAACAGUGCCAUUCUGCACGAGUUCAAGAUCGAGACGCAGCAAGUAUCAAAGAUGAAGUUUAUAGAUUUUGAACCUAGACCAUGGUCAUUGGGAUUCACAUUCACACCUACGCGCAUGGAAAUCAUGGAAGAUUUUAUAGCAAUCAUGGAUAAUGCAAAUUUAUCCGUUUUUCGUCUCACUAACUCAAUGUACGAGGAUAUUGACCAACUUAGCUCUCUAACUUCCACUUCUUCUUCCGUCGACAAGACGUCCAUAUCCACAGAUUCGUCUCUCGUAGAAAAUAGCAGUAGCCUUGGAAAUGACGAUGCGUCGCUGCAGGGAACAAAUGUAAAGCACAAAUCUACAGAUCAAGAUUGUCAAUACGCGACACCUGAAAAUAACGAGACAGCGUUAACUAAUGUAAAAUCUAAGGAUAAGAAACACAAGGGCACAAAAGGAAGUACGUGGUAUAAGUCGGAAGUAGGCGAAUUGAACAGAGCAAGGGCAAGUAAUAAUAAGAAUUACAUAGACUGGGAGCACUUAAUAUGUAACGAAAAAGAUGAGAUGCAAAGAUUAAUCGCACAAGGAAUUAUUGAUCCCUCUUCACAGCCAUUGACAGUGAAUCUACCAUUGAUAAGCUUAGAAAGAGCUGUUCCAGGUCACGCUCUCAGCCCUUUUGUACUAAAUUCCGCGGACAUAAGAAUCUUCAUCAAGACAACCUCACCUGAUGUAGGCUGGUCUGAAAAUUAUAUGAUAAAAAAUUUGCUAUGUCUAAAAAUCAACGCCGGAAAUAAUAAUGCUCAGGUAGACGGAAUUCUAGAAAUUUUCAAAUGCCUGAUAUUGAAGCCGUUGUAUAUGAAGAAGGAAUGUAACAUCACUGGCGUGAAGAAAUCUAUGUUGCGAUCUGACAAAUAUAGAUACUUGCAAGGUGUAAGUUGCUUCCUUUGUACUACGCAGGAAGGAUACCUGUAUCACUUCCCGGCGACAAGCGACGGUUCUCUGGAUGUGACGUGCCUGACCACUUAUUCGUUCACCGCACCUGUUCACCACGUAGCGCUGGAGCACACGGUACUUCAUGCACUGACCGAGGCUGGUCUCGAAUCAUACACAUUACGUCUUUCUCAUCACAUCGCGAAAUUGUCGAAUAGCACAGAUGGUAUCAGAGCGACCUGUCCUAGUGUCAUCGAACCGAUAAGCCUGAUCGGUUUAAAACCGUUCCUGGGAAUACAGAAGCUGUUGCAUACGAAAAGCUAUAUAAUUCUGCUGGCUAAAGCCGACAGUUCUUGGACCAUGUACUCUUUGAAUCUACCUAAAUUCGAGAACGUGUACUUCGAUAUAUUGAAUGCAGCGAGGAAUCAUAAAUCCUCUAGUCCGAGCACUUAUCGGCAUUUGCUGGGAGAAGCGCACGCCUUGAUACGCUUAGCGAAAGAUGUUUCCUACAUUGAUGAGGAAUUCGACGAUGCGACGCACAAGAACGAUCUCAAACUGAAAAAUCUCUACAAUCAAUCGUGCGCGUUGCUCGCGGACUACUAUAUACGAUCGGAGAGCGAAUCGGAUUGGGAUUUGUGUAUUCCUUACUACAAGAUGUCUGGGCUGAAGCCUUCGGAAGUAUUAUCCAGGAAGUGCAGUCAGGACGCACCGGGACUCUUGACGUACUUAACGGAUGCGCUUCUCACGAUGAAAAGCGGAUCCGAGGCGGAUGCGCUUUUUCAAGGACAUAAUGUAAUAGAGAUUAUCUGCAAGCUGGAGAAAGAGGAUCUGUUGAAAUUGAUCUUCGGCAGUUCUGUGCUGAGAGAAUACGCCACCGAGAAACUGAUAAAUUUUCUGCUAACGCACGAAACCGAUGACAUUGUCAAACUCGCUUUGACGCUCUUGUACAUCCAGGCCGACAAACAGGAGCAAGCGGAGAAGGCGUUGGAACCAGUUUCCGUGCGAUGUAUCAGACAGAUUGUUUUGGAACGCUGGGAACUACUGUUCGAUGUGACCGCAAUGAAAAAGAGGAGUCCCAUGAUUGCUACUUUCUCGGACUUCGCCGGUAUCUUGAUGCUCAUAAAGAACACUACUUUCGCCGAUAUCCUGAUACAGCUAAUAGAAGACGAAGCCGCGCUGUCGUUGCAUCAAAUCAUACAGGUGUUCCUAGAAUAUUUACCGUCGAGAGUCGGAAGAGACGGACACAACGCGGCCGCCACCUUGCAAGUUUUUCUCGAAAAAUAUCUACACAAUUAUUUCAGUUCGAAAUUCAUGAUGGAGUGGCCGCCAACUGUAAAUAAAAAUCAGAUACGAUCAGACUUUGCCCUCAUUGAGGCUUUCAAAUUAUUAGUGCGAUCAUAUUUAGGCAAAUUAAGUCAAACAAGAGUGUAUAAAACUGAUCCCAAGGAGGAUCAGGAAGAAAAUGACAAGGAAUACUUCAUGUUCGCCAAAUAUCGGCCGAGCUAUCUGAACAAAAUGCCACCGUACGCCAAAGAUUACCAAAAAAUUUUAAGCAUGAACGACUUUAAGGAUUUAGCGAAUUUUAAUGACGCAUCGGAGACCGAAAAGAUUAUACCAAAGGAAUUGUUUAAGUUGCAAUCUGUACUCGCGUGCGAAUUUCUACCGAUCGAAUGUUUGCAUGAGGUCAAACAAUUUCUCGAAACGCAAAAUAUCGAUGGAGAUUUAUCUCUCAAAACAUUAUGCAUUCAAAAUACAGAAGAAGUAACGACAAUUCUAAUGGACAAUUAUCCACAAGCUGUAGUACAGUAUGCGAAGGAUAAAUAUACGAAGGAUACUGAAUGGAAAUAUCUUAUUGAAUUAACGCGGGACAAAAUUGCUGCUUCAACGACGCAACAGGAGCUACAACUCUUGUACACGCAAAUUAUGAAAGAGAUCCUGAAUUAUUUGCCGCAUGCAUUGCCUAUGAAAAGUCUACAUCGCAUCUUACCCAGAGACGAUAUGGCAGAAUUCCAAAGAUGCACCGAAAUGUGCAAUCAAAUUAUGCACGCGGAUCAUGUAAAAUCAUUGAUAAUGGAAACCGGACAACAACUUUUGACAACUCUAAAGUUGUGAAGAUAGGUUGCCAUUAAAUAUCGUUUGUUAGCUAAUUUCUAGACAAGGAAAUGAUAAUGCUAAGGAAUUACGAAUGUGAAUUCCGAUAUCACGUUUUAACAAUAAUAUUACGGAAGACUACUUUGUGUGCACUUAUACUCGCAGAUUAACCAUUUCUACAAACAUUUUAAACAUAUGUUCCUGAUUAAUGCAGUCACGUAAGCUGAUGUUCGUUAGUUAAUAGUUGUGCCGAUGCACGCAUUUUUAACAAUAACUUUCAUCAAUUAUUAUAAAAAAUUUCGAAAGAAAAUAAUAUAAAUAGAAUUCGUCUAUAAUUAACUGUUGAAUCGUUCUAUAUAGAUAUAUUAUAUUACGACUAAAAAUGUAAACUCUGUGCCAGAGCAAAGGUGUGAUGUAAUAACUUCAUACAUAAAGAUUUAUAAAAUAACGUGUGCGGAAAUUAAAAAUUUGGAGCGCAUUAUAUCUAUAUAAAAAAAUAUUUGUAAUUAUUUAUUGAUUGCAUUUAGAAAUAAUUAUACAAAUGUUUGAAUAAUCUACAGAUCUAGAUUAUAUAUCAACAUUUUUCAAAGUUAAUUAUUAAUCGAAUUCAUUCUGCUCUGGAACAGAAGAUAUAUCUUUAGUAAAAUGAAUUUUAUUAAAAUAGUUUUUAUCAAAUCUGUUGAUCCUAAUGAGUAGUUUUACGUAAUCAAUUUUUGAGUGUUACAAAUCAUGUAACUUUGAUGUGCCUUUAGCAAUGAUUUCUCUUUAUUGUAAAUCUAAUUAUGUUAAAAUAAUUAAUAAUAUUUAUAAUUCAUCAUAAAAAUAAAUACAUUAUAACCUA